UCUUACCAAAAUCACUACGACUUGUUCCAAGAGUAAAUUCAAUGCCAUCUAAUCUCCCCUUCUAUCGCUCAAUAUUGUCUAGCUACAACGGUGCCAGAAAGUGGCACGCCCGAUUCAGUGUCCUACGGGCGUUUUGACGACGCGCCCUUUCACGAUGAAUGAAUUGUAUCGAUCGAAACAUUGCACAAAGACCAGCUCACAAAGCCCUGAAUCUACAUGCAGCGACAGGAAACACGAGCUAUGUCUCGUAUAUGUUAUGGCCAACCAUGUCCUAUUUGUCCCACAGAGAAAUUCGACAUAUGGCACUGGCAAAAAAUGCCAUUGUGGCGGAUAAUGUUUCAAAUCCAGCCAACGAAGGCGAAGAGGAAGCCAAUUAUACGAUUGAGAUUCAAUGCGCACAACAGCCGCCAUCGACAUUUAUUAAAACCAUUCAGGUCUGCUUCAGCAUCGUACCCUGGUCCCGGCUUGUUCGGAGAUUAUUCUGCCGAAUCCAAAUAAAUGAGACGAACCGAGGAUGUAAUCAUUGCAGCGCCGAUGUAGGAUUCGUGAGCUUCCAUGAAAGCAUAGGAGGCGUAAUGAUUUCAGCGACGGCAAGGAGUACACAUGUAACAUGAGAAAUGCAUACAUUCUGGUGUGGCAUCUGGUGGCAAGAAGGUUACGACGGAGUAAGAAGCCGAAGAUACGAACAAACUCUGGAGAAGAGUUACAAAAGUAGAACUAGUUAUUGGAAUGUCUACUUCGCACAGUCGGCCUGGAAAGCUUUUG